AUGCUCGAAAUCAUGACUCCUGAUAUUGAUACUUCAUGUUUGCCGGGUCAGACAGCACAGAAGAGGCCGCGAAGCCGACAGAGCACCAUUGAGCCAAUGCGGUCGAGGUCAAACACAGGAUCUACUAAGAGUGCCCGUCUGUCGCGGUCACGAGGGUCGACGGCAAGCAUUCACUCCGUUACUACGCAGUAUCAUCCAGACGUUCAACCACAAACACAAGAUCUUUAUGCAGCAUAUAUGCGUCCUCAGUAUGCUCCUUCCCAAGUUACAUAUCACCCAAACCCGGAAGAGAUGAUACUACGGUACGGCGAACAGUUUGGGCAUGCUCCCCCCGCCAGGUUGGACGAUCACGCUUUACAGGAGAAUCACAAUAACGCAGUCCGUCAGCGUCCGGAUCUGCAGCUUCAAGAACAUCUUCUUCGAAACCGUACUAUAAGUGUGCAGCCAUCACAGCCGUCGCCGUCGGGUAUUAUCCCGGCUGAAUUCGCCUCCAGUCAUUUCCCCCAGAUGUUCGAGUCUACUGAAAACCAUACCCCAGAUCGCAUGUUGGAAGAUAAUGAGGGAUCAGAGGUUGGCCCUCGCAAGAGAAGAGGGACGUCAUCAUCUAUAGCCAAUGAUAACGAGCUACGGAGGCUUCUUCGUCAGUAUGAUGGAUAUAGUCUGCAGGACAUGGCUGCGGAGGUCAGAAAGAAUGAAGGCGCAGGCGGCAAGUCAGAGAAGGUAAAGCAGGUGUUUGCUAUGAUAUGGCUACGUGAAAACUGUCAAAGAGGAAACGGAUCAGUCCGUCGAGACCGUGUUUAUUGUUGCUACGCCGAAAAAUGCGGAAACGACCGUGUAUCGGUACUUAAUCCCGCCUCAUUCGGGAAACUCGUCCGGAUAAUAUUCCCAAACGUACAGACCCGUCGACUUGGAGUACGUGGAGAAUCGAAGUAUCACUACGUUGAUUUAUCCCUUAUUGGUCAAGAGGCCAAACCCGACUUUGAUGAUAAGACAGAUAAAUCACAGGCACCCGACUUCCAACUGAGCAGAGACGGCUCUACUUCCCAGCUUAAUCCUAGCUUUGUUUCCCAGCAAUCACAGAAAUCAUUUAUGGACACUGAGGAUGCUACAUCGCCAGCCUUAAAUAUACUUCAGCAACAGCAGCCAUCUGGUUCAGCGCACAAUUGUUCUUACACACACUCUAACAUGUCUGAAACCAACGUAGGAGUCGAUUCCAUGGCAGUCAAAACUCAGCUUAAGAUCCAGCACCUACUUCAUUUUGAGCCAACGGAUAACACUCCAUCCACAGACGGUGAUGCCCUUUCUUUACCAAACAUACAUCAGUACCUCCCUGACAACCCCGACCCUUCUGCCGCUGACGCGCUUGCCGCCCUCUACCGUUCUCACUGCACCUCAGUCAUCGACAGUUUCCGAUACUGCAAGGAAAAGAACCUCUUUCGCCAUUUCUCUGCAUUCCAGGGCACCCUCACUGUACCGGUCCACAAACUCCUCGUUCAUCCAAACGUUGCUCCAUGGGUUGAGGAAUGUGACUGGCUGAUGUACCAAAAGAUGCUUGCCUUCGUCUCCCCUCUAACUACACAGGUUGUCCCGGACCCCGUACUUAAAGCGUUUCGAUCAAUAUCAUGCAAGCUUGUCAGCCACAUUGCCGAAACCCUCAAGUCACAACCAGAACAUGUAUCCACAGCACGGCUCAUUCCGUGCCGAUUGUUUUGCCAUCUGUUAAAACGCAUGCUUGAUGUCAACCAGUCUGCAAUUGCUGCUGCUGCAUGGCUAUGUCACCUACAAAAUCGCAAUAAAAUGUGGGAAGAAUUCAGUAACUUCAUCGACCCGGCAGAGACAGUCGUCAAAGCCAACAUACCGCCCUGCUCCCUGAAAUUGGCGAUUACUGUCUUAAAGGACCAUAUGAAGACCCUUUUAUACCCAUUAGAUAACUGUGCGCCCCCUCAAACUGACUCCCUGGACAACGAGCUAGCUGGUUUCCAAAAGUUCCCUCUCCCGCCAGCUAGCGCUGACGAAUACACCAAUUUCCCCGACCGAUGGAUUGCUUUUAUACUACAGCUGCCGGCCAUGUUUCCUAACCACUCUGCAGCUUGCAUGAUUGAGAAAGCGGAUUCUCUAUGGUCAACCGUCCUUCAUCGCCUUACUCUUUCUAAUGCAGAGAGCUUUAACGCAUGGUGGAUGACAAAGGUUUUCUUCCUUGAGAUGAUGCAGUGGCAAGCGGAAAGAGGUGGCUUUAUGGCAACAUCACCAAGAUUAUUACGCGAACAUUCCGCAAACCUUUUGAAUAAAUCCACAGCUUCAGUUGCUGCGCAGCUUGCAAGCUUCACCUCCGCUAGCCAGCAAACAGAGAUUGACCAAUCAACACAGGAAGUACCUUCAAGUAUGAAUAAUGACAUACCAAACGCUGCUUCUAAAGCGAAUACUACAGAUGCCCCUAACCGCCCUGCAGUCGAUACGAGUCUAGAAGGCAACCAGAUGAAUAAUGAUGACAGUGCUAUUGCCCUAGAAGAAGAUUCAGUUCUGCUUGGAACUGGCAAGUAUACAGACAUGACCUUGUCUGACCCUGCAGAUGCAGAGGGAGAUGUCAUUGUCGUAUAG